CCGAGGAACAGAACAAGAAAUAUAAGGUGUCGCAGUACGGUCAUGUUAACUAUGACAAUGCUGGUCUCAUCAGUUYACCAAUGAAGAACAAAGCCUUUUCCCUGCUGCUCAUAACGACUGGUGUUGUCUUCAGCCAAAAUCUCAUCAACGUAGAUCAACUUUGGUCGUCGUCUUCAGUUUUUGAGACCAAUAAAGACUAUGCUCUUUUUGGCCAUGUUAUCAAGACGCUGUACGUGCAGUUUGUUGCUGAAUGCAUUCAAGAAUGUCAAAAUACAUUGGAAUGUUUUUCUUAUAACUACGUCUAUUUCCAAAAUGGAACUAGUGAUCACCUCUGUGAGUUGAAUCUAUCAAACAARAACCAAAGCAAGAGUUCGUACAUUCCUCUUCAUGGRUAUCAAUAUGGCGAACCACAGGAUUUUCAGUAUUGUGUUGGAGAUGAAUGUGUAAAGAAAAAUGCUCUGGCUGAUAAAUGGUACAGAAUCAAUGGAUCGCUGUUGAAGACGAUUUAUUCAAUAAAAAACUGGGCAGAUGCAAGAUCCUAUUGCCGGUCUAUAGGCGGAGACUUGAUGACCGUUCAUUCGCAGAUAGAAAACAAAUUUGUGAAAAGCGUAUUGAUGUAUCGUGAGUAUAUGAAAUGUAUCAGGAUGAUGAAAAUAUAACUAACUGCUAUAUCUAACUGCUUCUUAAAAUACGAUCAUUCUUAUAACUUACAACUU